AUGGGUAAAAUUAUGAAACCUGGCAGAGUAGUCAUUCUCCUUGCUGGCAGACAUGCUGGAAAGAAAGCUAUCAUUGUGAGACAGCACGACGAUGGAAAGAAGGACAAGAAAUUCGCUCACGCUUUAGUGGCUGGUAUUGAGAGAAACCCCUUGAAAGUUACCGGUAGAAUGAGCUAAAAGAAAAUCGCUAGAAGAUCCAAGGUUAAGCCUUUCGUUAAGCUCGUCAACUACAACCACCUCAUGCCCACAAGAUACUUGGUUGCAACAGAAAUCGACCUUAAGACCUCAGUCUCAGAGGAUAAGCUAGCAAACAAAGAAUCCAGAAAGCAAAUGAAAAGAGAAGUCAGAAAGCUUUUCGAAGAGAAAUACAAUAACCCCGCACCCAAAUCCGACAAGACUAACCAUGUAGGCUUCUUCUUCAAGAAACUUAGAUUCUGA